GUAGGCUUCCCCCCCCGGUAAGAGUUUUCUCUAAUUUACCCCUAACCCACUGUCAAUCACUCCACCCCUAAAAAUCUCUGAUUUUAUUUCAUUUUUGAUUUCGAUUUUGGUUUUGAAUUCAAACUUGAUUUCGAAAGAAUCGGGGCUUGAUUGCCCAUGGGGGUCUUGAAAAAUCCAGUUCUGAAUCCAUGUGGGUGUAUGUUACUGUGGGUUUGUGUUAUGAAUAUGUAUUUGUGGGUUGUGUUAUGAAUAUGUAUUUGUGGGUUUGUGUUGUAGAUGUGUAUUUGUGGUUUUUGUGUUGGGUUUGAGGGUGGAGACCCAGUAACGAGAGAAGAGAGAGCAGAGAGGGAGAUGUGUUGGGUUUGGGACGGAGAUGUAGUAACGAGAGACGAGAGAAAGGGAUGUGUUGAGUUUUGGGGGUGGAGAGAGAGAGAUGUCUGUGUGUGAGGAAGAGAGAACUCGGAAGGAUUUAUGCGUGUGUGAGGAGAGAGAAGAGAAAAGAAGAAGAAGGUGGAUGUUUGGUCCAAGAAUAAUUGUGUUCGGAUGUAUAAAUAGUUGUAAAAUAUCAAAAAUGUUCCUUAAUACUUUCGUGUGCCUGACACAUGAUAUUUUUCAUUAGUUUUUUAAAUGGGAGUUAGGGGUCAGAAUCAAAGUGAGUUAAUGUGUAAAUAUUAAGGAUGAAAUAGACAAAAUUAGAAGUUUAGGGAUAAAAAUACAGUAAGUGUCAAAGCUUAGGACUAUUGGUGCCUUUUAACCUUUUACUUAUAUUCUGGAAGAACAAAUCAAUACAUUACAUUACACAAGCAAUUCUAUCAGUGGUGGCGCCGCCGGGAAACAGCUGAUGAUGGCCGGGAAAAUCUUGAUCGUGUUUGAUUUCGAUCGAACCCUGAUUGACGAUGAUAGCGACAGGUGGGUGGUGGUCGAAAUGGGUCUGACCCAUUUGUUCACUCAGCUCCGGCGCACAUUGCCAUGGAACACUCUCCUGGAUGAUGGAGGAGCUACACUCACAGGGAAAAACAGUUGAAGAUAUUGCUGAAUGUUUAAAGCGGAUUCCCUUGCAUCCGCGGGUCAUAGCAGCCAUUAAAUCAGCUCAUGCUCUUGGAUGUGACUUGAAAGUACUUAGUGAUGCGAAUCAGUUUUUCAUCGAGACAAUCUUGAAACAUCAUGGAGUGUUGGGCUGUUUCUCAGAGAUUGUAACAAACCCAACUUUUGUAGAUGGAGAAGGCAGGCUUAGGAUCUUCCCAUACCAUGAUUUGACGUCAUCUCAUGGUUGCAAUCUAUGCCCUCCCAACCUGUGCAAGGGUCUUGUGAUUGAGCAUUUCCAAACUAAUAUUUCUGAAAAUGGGAAGAAAAUAUUUAUCUACCUUGGAGAUGGGAAUGGUGAUUUCUGCCCAACAUUGAAGCUUGAUGAAGGAGACUAUGUGAUGCCAAGAAAGAAUUUUCCUUUGUGGGAGCGAAUUUCAAAUAGCUCAUUGUGUAUCAAAGCAAAAGUUCACGAGUGGAGCAAUGGGGAACAGCUUGAAAGGAUCCUACUUCAGCUUAUUGACACACUACUGAAGACAAGAUGACUUGUAAUACCAGUCAGUUGAAUUCAUGCGACUGCAGUUCUAAGACUAUGCCGAACCCUCCUUGUGAAAGUUUUUCUCCAACGCUCCCAGUUCCUCACUAACUUUGGCAAAAAUGAACAUCAUCAAAUGCCAGACCAGAAAAUGAUUCCGUGGGAAUAUUUAUUUAUGUUUGGCUUCUUCGGUGAUGAUUGAAUGAUAAUAACAAUAAGCAAAUGACAGGGCCUGCCUUUUUCUGAGCUUUAAUGAAUAGUGUUCUAUCAUCCAUUUUGUUUGAUACAUUCUGAUUAUCUAAUUUCAGUAUGCUUGAAGGUUUAUUGUAUGAUAUUUUUCUGUUAGCUUUCUUCAUGCCCUCGAAUCCAG